AUGGGCGAGAACCAGGGCAUGCACCACAGACGGCCAGGACCACAGAGGCCACGACCACAGAGGCCGGGACCACAGAGGCCAGGACCACAGAGGCCACAACUACAGAGGACCAAGACCACAGAGGCCAGGACCACAGAGGCCGAGAACACAGAGGCCGAGCACAGAGGCCGAACACAGAGGCCACGACCACAGUGGACCAAGACCACAGAGGACCAAGACCACAGAGGACCAAGACCACAGAGGACCAAGACCACAGAGGCCACGACCACAGAGGACCAAGACCACAGAGGCCACGACCACCGAGGCCAUGACCACAGAGGACCAAGACCACAGCGGCCACGACCACAGAGGACCAAGACCACAGAGGCCAGGACCACAGAGGCCGAGAACACAGAGGCCGGGACCACAGAGGCCAGGACCACAGAGCCCAGCACCACAGAGGCCAGGACCACAGAGGCCGGCACCACAGAGGCCGAGACUACAGAGGCCAUGACCACAGAGGACCAAGACCACAGAGGCCGGGACCACAGAGGCCACGACCACAGAGGCCAGGACCACAGAGGCCACGACCACAGAGGCCAUGACCACAGAGGACCAAGACCACAGAGGCCACGACCACAGAGGCUGGGACCACAGAGGCCGGCUCCACAGAGGCCACGACCACAGAGGACCAAGACCACAGAGGCCAGGACCACAGAGGCCGGGACCACAAAGGACCAAGACCACAGAGGACCAAGACCACAGAGGACCAAGACCACAGAGGCCAGGACCACAGAGGCCGGGACCACAGAGGACCAAGACCACAGAGGACCAAGACCACAGAGGCCAAGAACACAGAGGAUCCAGCACAAGUUCAGGACGCACUCAGCCUCAGGGCCUGUCAGGCACAGGGCUGCUUCCUGA